AUGGCUGUUCCUCAGCGAGCAGGAAAGACGGCGCCUCGUCUCGUGCAGGACAUCCUACUCUACGAUCCCGCACACCCUUCAAGCACCGGCCGUAACCUCCUCUCCGAAGUUCCCCCCGUCUACUCCGAACGCUACAAUGGAGCACUGGAUUUCAUAUCACCCUCAGCCUGUCGCCACAACUAUGUGACCAAACCCAAACAGACCUUCCACACCCAGGAAGACCAGAAACGACGUCCGGGCUGCACAUCCAAGGUGCAUGCAAUGUGCACCAAAUGCCGUUGCCAUAUCCAGGUUGUGGUGAACUAUACAAAUGGCAUGAACACCUUCUCUCAGAAUCUGGAGGGCCAUAUCCAUCACCUUGUCUACAAGUCAGGAAGACAAGCGGGUGGAAGUUCAAGUGCAGAGGUCACUCCCAAAGGCCAGCUAGCAGAGACAUUCCAUUAUCAGUGCUCCAACCUUUCAUGUCCGGCCAUUGUCUCCCUGCGAAUCCUUUCUCCUCUUUUAAACCCUGAACUAGUGCACCUGUUGACUGAUCAGGAUGUGAUUCGCAAACGGGCUCAAGAGGCAAUGGCUGCUCAGCCUGAGCGCCUAGAGGGCAUGGCCUGCCCGAGCUCGGCCACUGUCCUCGACAACCUGCGUAUGUAUGUCAGCAAUACUCUCAAACCUGACCAGCCUAGCAAGUCCAUUACCGCAACCAACAAGAGGUUUAUGCUCAGCUUUGGUGUUGAUGGGAUGCCUUGUCAGAAACUGUUUGAGUUUCUCAAUUUCACCUACCAACAGGAGAACAAUACCUGGCAGCCUCCUCAGCCGGCCACCAGUGCGAAAACAGAGUCACCCUACCAAGACACAGACUGUAUCUUUCUCGACAACAUUGUUCAGGAACUGCUGUCUUUGAUAGACAGCCGACCGUCUUCGGAAAAGAAAGGAUUUGAUCCCCUCCCUCGGUCUGUCUCCGCAACGAACGACAUGCUUUAUGCAGUGGAGGCUCUUGACUAUCCCAAAUCACUCAGGGUCAAUGAGUUUGAUAUGCCGCCUGCCCCAUUCUAUGAAGACUUAGGAGCCGUGGAAGACAUGGCUUCAUCCAUGAUUGUGGAAGCGUUCAACCGCCAGGUGUCGGUCGAUCCUGCCAGAGCACCAUUGUAUCUCCGAUGCCUCAAGUCGAUUGCCACCCUUCGAGGUGGCGCGGACUGGGAAAUCAUCGACCAGGCUGUUCAACUUGCCUACUCAGAAGGCAAAUACACAGACGAGGAUGUUGCGGAUGCAUACAAGUACUUUGGGCUUAACGGUGAUGAUCCCAAUCUCACCGAGGACAUCAUCAUUAGAACCUUCUACAUGUUCAUCGGCUCCACGGCCCAAGUCCAAGAAACCGAGGCGCGCCAACAGCUGUGGCGAAUCGGUCACAGCAGACGGAGCGAGCGCAUCCAGUCUGCAUCUGAAGAUCGCGUAUCCAAUGCCGAGCAAGCACAGGUUUACCUUGGAGUCGACGAUCAAACCCCGGAUGACUUUAUUAUCACCAUGUACACGGCGAAGGUCAACGACAACCCGACUAGCCGAGAAUUGGCGAAUCGCGCCGUCAAGCUCAUUGCUGAAUCCAGAAAUUCGGUGGCACUGAAGCAUUUCGUUGACACUGGUGAAACAGUCGCGGGUGAAAUGGACGUUGGCGAUGCUUAUCGCUUACUCCAGAUUCCAGACCGGACCGCUGAUGAAGGUGCAAUUGUCGCAGCCUACACAAUCUGCGUGGACGACAACCCCGAGAACGCCGAGAAAUACAACUACGCCCUGAGCAUCAUUGCCAAGGAUAUGGACAGCCCAUUGCUCAAGAAUAUGGCUGGCAUAUCUACCGAGUCCAGUCGCAACUUGGCGGAGUGGCCGGUUGGUCUGCAGAACAUCGGGAACACAUGUUAUCUCAACAGUCUUCUCCAAUUUUACUUCUCGAUCCGCCCCUUCCGGGAAAUGGUGCUGGAUUUUGAGACCUUCCAGAUGGACCUGAGUGACCAAGCCAGCCUGGACCACAAACAGGUGGGAUCUCGCAAGGUUAUGAAGAAAGAGGUCGAACGGUCGCUGCGAUUCCUCCAGCAACUCCGUACCCUGUUCAAUGAUAUGAUUACCUCUCCGCAGUCUUCGGUCACGCCUGGCCAGGAGCUCGCUCGGUUGACUUUGAUCAGUCCUAGUAACGAAGCAGCCAUUCGCCGCAGAUCGACCAUUUCUGCGGGAAUGUCGCAGGGUCUCGGCGACAUCGGUGGAGCGCCCAUUUUCGGACCGCUUGGCCCUCCACAGCCCGUACAGGGUCAAUCUGAACCCGCAAAAGACCCGAUGGUUAGCGACGUGGACAGUGACGCGACCUUGGUUUCCGAAAACACCAAGGACCCGGCGGCGCCGCCAGAGGGACACGAAAAUGCGGCGCCCGAAUCUGAAAGCGGCUCGAAGCCCGGCACCGAUGAUGCGAAGCCCCAGCUGCCUCCGCGAUCUUCUCCAGAGGUUGACCGACAGAAGCAGCUGAUCGAGGAAGUGGAGAUCGGUGCCCAACAGGAUGUGACGGAGGUGAUUAAUAAUGUUCUCUUCCAAAGCCAGUGCGCUAUCAAGCCUCGAGAUGUCGCCAAGGAUGGCGAGCAGCUCGACCAGAUCAAAGAUUUAUUCUACGGGCGCACUCGAUCCUACAUCUCCACUGAAAGUGGUACCCGAUCUAAAGAAGAGUGGUGGGCUGAUAUCAAAGUCGAUGUGGCCAGCGGCUCGCGAGACAUCUAUGCUGCCAUUGACGGAGCCUUCGAUGCCCAGAAGAUCAACGUUGAAAAUGCCGAGGCGGAGCAGUUUGGGUCUAUAAGCCGGCUGCCUCCUGUUCUUCAGAUCCAAGUCCAGCGAGUUCAGUUUGAUGCGGUGAGGAAAAGUUCCUUCAAGUCGACUAACCACCUGGAGUUGCUCGAGACCAUCUAUCUGGACCGUUACAUGGACACCCAGAAGCCGGAGAUCGUGAACCGGCGGCGUCAGUGCUGGGAAUGGAAGCGUGCCGUGAAGUCGCUCGAGGCUCGUCGCGCCGAGCUGCUGCGGAAGGAUGUUCCCUCAACUGCACAGAAUGGUAGAGAAACAAGCAUGGAGCAGCUAUUCUGGAACACCCAAUCUGCCCUCCAGGAACUCAAUCAGGACGCUGACUCUGACGGUCCCUCGGAGGAGGUUCAGUCGACUUUGCCUAAUGAACUUGAGCAGGUCUCUGGGACCGCGAAGGAAGAGCUCUGCGCCGUCGAGCAAGAGAUCAAAGACACGCAAACCAUGAUCUCCAGCCAAUUCGCCGACUACCGCAACCUCGCGUACUGCCUGUAUGCCGUCUUCGUGCACCAUGGCUCCGUCAGUUUCGGCCACUACUAUAUCUACAUCUACGACUUCCAGAAGGGCAUCUGGCGCAAGUACAAUGACGAGUAUGUGACCGAGGUACAGAACCUGGACGAGAUCUUCAAAAACGACCAGGACCACAACCCGCCCACGCCCUACUUCCUCGUGUACAUCAACAAGAACAUGAAAGACCGUCUCGUCGACCCCGUCUGUCGCGAAGUCGUCGAGUCCAUGCCCGAAAUGAUGGAUACGACUCCUCCCACGACAACUGCUAUGCAGGGCGUGCAUGCCUCCAAGCCCCCGGAAGACCUGAUGGAUCUCGACCCGCCGUCGUAUGAUGAAACAUCGUCGGACCCCAGCGCACCAGGUAUGGAAGCAGACGCGCAUGCCCAAUCCAAGUCCCAAUGGCAGCGCCAUAUGGCUGACAAUGGCCAAUACUGGUAG